CGACGAGUAGAGGGGGGAGAGAGCAAGAGGAGGAGAGAGAGAGAGGGAGAGAGCGGAGCAGGAUAUAGAGAGUCAAAGCAGGUCUACGCCGUUCUCAGUGUGAGAGAGACGGAGGACGGGAACAGACAAAAUGGAAUGCUUGCACAGAUGAAGUCUGGACUCAACCAGUGGUGCCCAUGAGUGUCUCCAAACCCCAACCGGCCCCCGCCUCCUCCCACCUGACCAUCCCCUCUUCAUCCUCCAUCUCCUCCACCUCCCCCACCACUACCUCCUCCACCUCCUCUCCCUGCGCCGUCCCCACCCCUAACAUCGGCCCACCUCCCUCCCCCGUCAAGAUCUCCAUGCAGGAGCACUUUGCCAUCAACGUGUGCCCCGGGCCCAUCCUGCCCAUCCCGCAGAUCUCCGACUUCUUUCCCCGUUUCCACGACUACCCGUGCACGCCGCCCCCGCCCCGGGAGAAGAAGAUCCUGAAGGAGGAGGUCUUCAACGGGAACAUGAUAGAGGACGGGGAGAAGGCCAAGGAGAGGAAGGUGGUGGACGACGAUGUGGAGAGGGGAGAGCCGGCCGACUCUGACGACGAAGAGACCUACCUGGGCACGCUGGAGUUCUGCCUACACUUUGACGAGGAGAACAACUGUCUCCAUUGCACCAUCCAAAAAGCCAAGGGACUGAAAGCCAUGGACUCCAAUGGGCUGGCUGAUCCAUACGUCAAGCUCCACCUGCUGCCUGGAGCUAGCAAGGCGAACAAACUCCGCACGAAGACACUGAAGAACACCCUGAACCCAGUGUGGAACGAGACGCUGAUCUACCACGGAAUAACCGCCGCAGACAUGACCACCAAAACACUCAGGCUGUGUGUGUGCGACAUGGACCGGCUGGGCAGGAAUGAGUUCAUCGGGGAGGUGCGGGUGGCCUUGAAGAAGCUGAAGGAGGGAGAGAACAAGCGCUACCACAUGGGGCUGGAGAGGAUCGCACAGAAUAAGGAGGGUAACAGCCAGGCUGUGGAACAGGGCGCGCCCGUAGCAGAGGAAGAGCGAGGGCGUAUCCUGGUGUCCCUGUGCUACAACACGGAGAAGAGCUGUCUGCUUGUGGGCGUCAUACGCUGCGCCCACCUGGCAGCCAUGGACUCCAACGGCUACUCCGACCCCUUCGUCAAAAUCGUCCUGGCUCCUGACAUGGGCAAGAAGUCCAAGUACAAGACCACCGUUAAGAAGAAGACCCUGAACCCUGAGUUCAACGAGGAGUUCUCCUACGAUGUUUCCCUGGACCACCUGGCCAAGAAGACGCUGGAGAUCUCCGUGUGGGAUUACGACCUGGGCAUGAGCAACGACUUCAUAGGAGGGGUGGAGCUGGGCAUCAAUGCGAGCGGCCAGCGUCUCAGACACUGGUUCGAGUGCCUGAAGAACAAAGGGAAGAAAGUGGAGUACUGGCACACGCUCACACAGCAGGGGGCUCCCACCAGCGACAAGCCCGAGUAGAGCACACCCCCAACCGGCACGCUGGAAGAAACACACACUCACACACACACACACACACACACACACACACACACAGAAACACACACACACAC